AUAUUCAUACGCCAUUGGUAGAUGCAUUUCAAUGUGAAAUGAUGUAUGCACCAUGUCUAGGGUGCGUGAAAUUAUUGUCAGUUUUCGGUGACCAAGUGCUUAGUUUUUUGUGAAAUGGAUCAAGUGAAACCCAGUACAUCGAGGCUUUUCAACACUACAAUCAUAGAUCCCAAAAAGGAUGAAAUUGACGAGAAAUGCGAAAGAUGCUAUCAACAACUUCAGGGCAUUGUCAACAAUCUCUCUGAAAAAGAAGCGCAAAAUUCCCUGAUUUCUGCUAUUUGCAAAGACAAAGCACAUGAAGAAAUUGUAUCACUCGGGCUAUUGGUGAUAAUUUUAUCAGAGCCCCAGAAUGCGGCGAAGGGGUACAGAGAUCUCACGUUGGUCUCAAGAGAUGGUCUAGCAUUAGUUCUUUCCCACGUUUCCCAAAUCAUUGAACGAUGGAGUCGUCUUCAGGAUAGAGUCAGAGCUCAGUUGCUCUGGUUAAUCAGAGAGCUUGUUCGAAAUGCUGUGCCUGGCACUGACACUUUAUGUUGGAAUAUAUUACGUCAUGCCGCAAGCGGUGAUAUCUCUCCCAGGAAUCUCUUCCUUGUAGAACACCUUCUAGACAUAUUUCAAGAAAACAGACCAUGGCUAGAAAAAUACCCACUGCUCCUUGCAUCAGUCGUGUAUUCUUACCUUAGGUUUAUUGAAGAUCAUUUCAAUCCUGGUCUCACUACGUUAAGGCAAAAAGAAAUAAGUUUUAUUGUACCAUUACUCCGUGAUAAGUUCAAUGAGUGUUUAGUUAUUGGCCGAGAUCUAGUCAGACUGUUGCAGAGUGUCGCCAAAAUUCCUGAGUUUGAACUGCUGUGGAAAGAUAUCCUACAUAAUCCCAAAAGUUUAAGUCCCAAUUUCACUGGAGUACUUCAGCUGCUUCAAACGAGAACCUCAAGACGAUUCUUACAAUCAAGGCUAACGCCUGAAAUGGAGCGAAAACUAUGUUUUCUUUCUGGAUCGGUGAGGUUUGGCAAUCAUAAGAGGUACCAGGACUGGUAUCAGAGACAGUAUUUAGCCACCCCCGAAUCGCAAACACUUAGAUGCGAUCUGAUCAGGUUUAUCGUCGGAGUGAUCCACCCUACGAAUGAAUUAUUGUGCUCAGAUAUUAUUCCUCGCUGGGCAAUCAUAGGUUGGCUUUUAACCACAUGCACAUCUACUGUGGCUGCCGCAAACGCUAAGCUGGCUUUGUUUUACGACUGGUUUUUCUUUGAUAGUGAAAAAGACAACAUAAUGAAUAUCGAACCUGCCAUUUUAGUCAUGCAUCACUCAAUGAAAUACCACCCCCCUGUCACUGCAUCCUUAUUGGACUUUUUAUGUCGAAUCAUUCCUCAUUUCUAUCCACCGCUGAUGGAAAAAGUGAAAAACGGUGUUUACUCAUCCUUACGGCAGAUUCUGGAGAAAAGAGUUCUUCCCUCUUUAUGUCCAAUAUUUGAUAGUGAUAAAUUAGACAAGGAGUUGAGGGCAAGCGUGCGUGAACAUUUUCUUGAAUUUUGUUUUCCACCACCAGUAGAAGGCAGCAAAAUUGAAUGUAUUAAAGAAACUGUAGAAUCUACUGUGAUACCAGGUACCCCUUUCCGAAUCAACUCAGAUUCUGAACCCACUUUCAGCGAUGAAGAAGAUGCUGCCAUUCAUGACGAAGAGGAAUCCAUAUUCUCUAAGAAGAGGUUAAAAAGCGAAUCUUCACCUAGUCGAUCAGAUUCUCAACUAGACAUUGCUGCAUCACUAGAAGGCAAUUUAAGAAUAGCAGUUGAAAAUUUACAUCUUGAAAGUGAUAAUGAUAAAAAGUGUGAAGCAAUGGAAAAAUUGAUCCAAGUAUUACUGCAAGAUGAGGAUGCAGAGAAUGAAACUUUGACGGCCCUCAGCACUUGUUUGUGCACCAUUUUAGAUGAACAGUUUGACAGGCCGACUUUACCUGAAAAAUUGUCCAAAGAGAGUAUAGAAGAUAGCCUAGAAAGACCUAUUUUUGUGAUGUAUCGCAGCUUAACACAGUAUUCUGAUGAGGAUUCUCGAAGGCAGCCUUUGCUGACCGUGCUUAGUGAAAUGUAUAAUAGCCAACCAAAAAUAGGAUAUCUUCUUUUGUAUUAUCUCCAGGCUACUGCGCCACCUGAUCAAUUAGAGAGCAAAUCCAGUGGAUCUAAAAGAGCCAGUGUAUAUAAACAAUUCUGUGAAAUAUUAGAUAAGGAAUUAGAAUCAUGUCUCAUCGGUGAUUUGACGCACUGUCAAGAUUAUGAACCGAGUUUAUUAUGUUGGCUUGCCCCGAGCAUAUAUUGGCAGUUCAAUAGUAUAGCAUUGAACAACAAAGAACUAGUUCACCUUAUUGUAUCAUGCUGUGAUUCUAGGCAACUGCAAGAGCUUGUCUGCCUAAUAAUUCAAGGUCGACUUGUUUUGUUCCGAGGGGAUGCGGUCAUACCCAUACUAAAUGCUUCUUUGAAUUGGGAAACAUUUGAGCAGUUUUGCUUCUGGCAGUUAGUCUUAGCUCAUAAUAAUGUUUCUCUUACGAAUAUUCUUUCUGUCCUCCCUCGGCUGGAUUACAAAAAUCAUUCAGAAGCUUUGACAUCAAUAAUGCUGCUUUUAAAACGUGAAAAGCCUACCUCAGAACUAGUUCGACAGGUCCUGAGUCGGGAAACACGACCCUUGACCGAUCUAUUUACCGUCACUAUGUUACAACACUGGUCCCGUGAUUAUGAAACGCUGGGGGAUAUCAUCGGGAACCUGCUCUCUUCUAGGUGUCCAGCCGUGUCACCAAACAAACGAAAGCGAGGACAGCAAGGGCAAGGCCUCGGUGCUAAAGGUGGAACAUCGCCACCAAGUGCAGAAAAGAUCCUGGGACAUCUAGAUAGGGUCCACAGCACGUGCAAAUCAUUACUGAAAGUUGAUGCAAUGCAGCGGGCUUUACAGACAGCCCAGUAUGCUUGCACGGAAACGCAGAGGUCUUUAUAUAGUAACCUGUUUGCAUUACUAGAGCCAGCAGAGAAUACAAAAACAACCGAUCGAGGGAAGAGCAGUGGGAGAGGAAGGAAAGCACAGACCAACAGUAGCAAUUAUAAAUCGAAAUCCAGUAGAUCUAACAAGUUCUCCGAUAGCUCUGAUGAAUCAAGCGAGGAAGAAGAGAUAGUUAAACCUAAGCAAACAAAAAAAAGACGAAAAGUGAAUCCUGUGAAUUCAGAUAGUGAUUAAGUUAUGUAUAGUAAUUCCUAGAUUUUGAUCUACAACUUGUUUACCAAUAGGUUUAAUGAAAUUGGUUUUUUGUACAGAGUUCCACGCCCCUCUCUCCUUUUUUAAUUUUGUAACGGAACAUUCUUUCGAUGUUUCUGGCACUUCCAGCAAGGUCUCCUCAGGUCUAACUUAGCAAAGCACGCUACUUCUUUCGGUUUGCCUUUGCAUUUUUCCGCAGAGAAGCAAAAGUUCUGAAAGCUGUGUGUAGUGUAGAUUUUGAAUUAAUCAAGUCCUGAAAAUGAGAGGAAUGAAUUUCAGUUAUUUUGACUGCUGGUGACUAUAUUUCCUCCCCUCUUUUAUGACUAUAGUGAUUAAGCAAUGAUUGUUACUUUUAUUUUACGAUUUCCUAGUGAAUCCGGUCUGUUAUGUGAUUUUUAUUUUUUUAACUAACAAUUUCAUUGUUUUUUUGUUUUUUGUUUUAACAUCUUUCAAUUGCUCUUAGUUCUUGAAUUACUAUUUGUCCACUCAAACACUUGUUCGAUUUGCCGUGAUAAAGAAUGCUGUACAUUUUGUCCGUAAUAAUUUUAUUUAGAUUCUAUAAAUUGUAUUGAUUUGCUUUAUACUGUUUUAUGAAUGCAUGAAAAAAUUCACUAAAGAGCCAUACAAUUGCAUUUUACUUUGGUGUGGAACCUCAGAGACCUUAAAUCUUAUCGUCGUUGUAAGAUGUAAGCUUUAAUAGUACUUUAACGUGGACUCAGAUGGGAGAGUGGGCAAUUGCAGGCAUUUCAAAAUUGUUAGGUAAAUUAAUACAAAGCUAGGCAGUCAAAAGGACUGAUAUAAAUAUAAACUAUUCAAGAUGCAUAAUACAAAAUUCAAAAAAAGAUCACAAACUACCCAUAAUAACCUCUUAUACAUUCAUGCCGAUAUUUUUUUUAAAAUCUGAAAGAUAUUUUUAACCCAGUUCCAGAAAUAUCACGACGGAAUGUAAUUGAAUGGCAAACGAAAAGUAUUUACUCAAGUCUGUAGAUGUAAAAGUCAAUGUUUUCACUUUCAGCUUGGUUAUCAAUCUUGUUUGUUGUAUCAUUCAUAGUGGGAAGCUCAGAAGUGGCCGCCUCUGAUUUUAAUGUGGAUUGCAGCGAUAGUAAGUGCAAGGACAAUUUAUUGACUGUGGUUUUCAGAUUUUAUUGAUCAGCUCCUUUUGAUGAUAACCUCAGUAUAAGAAAUAUUAAAAAGCCUAUUGUAUAUCUUUCAAUGGCCAUGCAACAGCUUAACAAUCGCUUUUUGGCACAGGAGUUGUAGGUUUGAAUCUGCAGCUGCAGCUGGAUUGUUGAAACUUUAACUGACUUUGUUGACACGAUAAGACAAGACAUAGCUCUAUUUGUGCUGUGUAAUAUAUCGAUUUUUGAUUCCUGUCUUGCCGACAUAAAUUUCAACAAUCAGGCAGCAGGGCUUUUGUUUGUAAUGCUACCUUCAAAUUUUAUGAAUAUUAAGUUUUAAUAAAAAAAAGGGAAAUAAUAAAAAAAAUAAUAAUAAUAAAAAGAAACUUUGGUUCAAACUUUGGCUCCUUUCCAUGAGCAUGACAUUCUGUGGAAUGUUUACUUUUGAUUGGCCUCCACCUGUGGAACUUGCAAUUAUUAUAAUUAAUUUUUGUAAACUAGUAGAAGCUUUUCUCUCAUGAUAAUAUUAUUGAAUUCUAUUCUUGUGAGGAGAGGAUCAUAGGAAAGAGGGUUAUUUUUAAUACUCAUAGUAUAAUCCAAAGGUAGUCUCUAAAUCAAAAGGCUAACCUGAGAUUCAAACCUGUGUCUUUUCCACUUAAAAGCAAGCACCGAUCCACCAUGCCAUCCACGUAUGAUAUGCAGCAGGCAGACAAUUAUUCCUCAUACUACUGAUGAUUAUUGAUUAUCAAAGGAAAUUUUCAGGCAUGUUUUUGGGGAAUUUUGGGGGCCCAACGACAAAAGCCACAUCCAUCAGCUAUACCUGAAAUUUUCACAGCUACAAAUCCCUUCAAAACAGCUGCUUCCAAGCCUUGCCUUGCCUGAUAUCUGUCAUACCUUCACUGCUUUUGUUCAGAUUUUUUUUAGCUUCACAUUAUUUUGGUAAUUGUUGAAUUUUUUGCUGGAAUAUCCUGGCCAAGUUAUUUGAGCAACCUUCACGGCAGGUGCUUUCACCAUCAAUAAAGCAAAUAUUUACGGUCUCAUGGAACUCUCAUGUUGUCUUUACAUUUACAUCGCUUCUGAAUGCCAAAACACUCUCCAAGAUUUUUUAUCAGCCAUGUAACAUACAAUCCCUUUUAUUAAGCUGUUAACUUUUAGGAUCGUCAUAUUAUUAAUGAAAUCAUCGAAAAGAUUUUACAUAGAUGAUUUCUCCCUGGCAUGGGGCAAAAAAUAAUCAGCAUCCGCUGGUACAUCAAAACAACUCAAUUAUUUUUAAGGUACAACAGUCUGUAUUUUUCCGUUGAUUAGCAACUUUAUUUAGUUGUUUAUUUUUUCAUUCUUCUGAAAGAGUGUGCUGCGUCAAUUUUCAGUAUGACUACAUACUAACUUGUAAAAUUGUUGAAAUUUCGUAGAAAAUGAAAUUUUUACUUCUCAGUAAAAUGAAAUUUCAUUUUGAAUCCCUGCACGCAAGAAACUCCAAAAGUCCCUUGUUCUUUUCCUCAAACUUGAGGAUAAUUUUAAGAGAGCGAUACAUUUUUUUACCCUUUUUUGUAUUUGUCACGUGUCCUCUCAAAAAUUUCAUCAGGCUUUGUUUUCUUCCAUAAGUCGUUGCGUCACCGAAAUAUUUCGAUUUGAGAGGUUAAAAUUUUUAGGUUGAAACGACAUUCAGUGCAUCAAAAAGUUUUAUUUUCUGUGAGAACCUAAAGUUUGGCAUUUGCCCCACAUCACCUCAAAAAAUAGUAGCACAUGAUUCUCAGGUCCACGUUUCAGAAUGAAAGAAUUUAUGCACGAUCUUUUGACUUGCGAUUGACAAUUUCUGAGAGUUCACAUUAAAUAUACCUCCUUUUACUCCCUUUUUUCCCCCUAAAUAUUGCAGACCUUGAUAAUCCAUUUCAACACCUCUCUUUCAACCUCUUUCAAGGCAGGGCGAUUCCAUGUCAGAGCUCUGAUGUCACAGCCCUACCUUCUUUAAGUAGAAAGUUUUGCACCUACUUAGCAUACUCAUACUCAGUGAGUAAUGAGUUCCUAAUGUAUUCACUUUUUGCACAGUCGAGUCAAUUUAGCUGAAAUCAUUCUGUAUGUUUCAGUAAGAAGAAAAAAAAAAUUAAAAAAUAAAAAAUACAUUAACGAAUGAAUAAAAACAUCAAAAUUGAUAUUUUGUAAUUAUGACUUAUUUUGUAUCAAAUAUAUGAAUGAUUUCUGUGGAAA